AUGAAAGCACCCGUUUUUCUUGCGCUCUGGGCGGCCGCCAGCGCGCUCUCGCUCAACUUUCUAGCGGGGCUUUUCUCCGAGACCCCCGACCGCGUGAUCAAAACCGGGCCCGAAACUUACCGCUUGGCGUCCGAGGCCGACAAGCUCAGAUUGAAGAGAAACGGCCACAAAUUCAUCGACGUCACGGGCGUGCUCUCCGUGGAAAGCGCGCUCGCGCAGGGCAUCAUUGCCGGCGCCGGAAACGGCGACUGGACCCACGUUUUCGCCAAGCAGAUCGACACCUUGAAGCGGCCGGUGCCCGCGUACAAAUACCCGCUGGCCCCGCGCCAGCACGCGGUGGUGCAGGCUCUUGUGGGCCGCGUGGACCUCGAGCGCGUGCGGGCCAACUUGGCCCGCUUCUCCGGCUUCUACACGCGCUACUACAAGUCCGCGUCGGGCGUGAAGUCGGCGGACUGGCUCCACGCGCGGGUGUGCGAGCUUGUGGCGCCCGUUGCGGGCGCCCAGGUGCAGAAAAUCAAACACCGCGGCUGGGACCAGUACUCGCUCGUGGUGUCGCUCCCGGGCGCGGCCGCGGACCGCGUGGUUGUGGGCGCCCACCAGGACUCCAUCAACCUCUUGUUCCCCAGCCUCAUGGCCGCGCCGGGCGCCGACGACGACGGCUCCGGGACCGUAACCUCCUUGGAGGCGCUCCGCUUGGUCUGCGGCGCCAUUGCCGCGGGCGAGUUCGCGCCGCACAACACGUUGGAGUUCCACUACUACUCGGCCGAAGAGGGCGGCUUGUUGGGUUCCCUCGAUGUGUUUGGGCGCUACGCCGACGCCAACACCACCGUGGUGGGCAUGCUCCAGCAGGACAUGACCGGCUACACGCAGGGCACGCGCGACGGGGGCGUGGAGCCGCAUUUCGGCUUGAUCACCGACUACACCUCGACCAGGCAGAACGACUUCAUCCGCAUGGUGGCAGCGGCCUACUGCCUGAUCCCGGUGCACGAGACCGAGUGCGGCUACGCGUGCCUGGACCACGCGGCCGCGUUGGAAAACGGCUACCCGGCCAGCUUCUUGAUCGAGAGCGAGUUCAAGUACUCGGCCAAGCACAUCCACCUGACCAUGGACACCAUGGACCGCUUGGACUUCGACCACAUCCGCGAGCACAUCAAGUUGACCGUCGGGUACGCCGUGGAGCUUGCCGCGGCGCAAGACCUCUACUAG